AUGAAAAGAUCAAACUCGACGAGCGGCUUCGGUGGCAGCCAUGUGCGCUCCGUCUCGGGAUCUAGGCAAUCCCUUGCCAUGGGCAGCCGGCCAGCGCAGCCCAUAUUCUCGAGAUCCUCGUCCGGUGGUAACCUCGCUGAGAUAGGCAUGUCGUCCGUGAAGCGUGCGUCAAUUGCCCCCAACAACACGUCGCUCAGGACCUACGCCCCGGCCGGUCUGCCCGGCCGCAGCUCAGAGGGCGAUCAGAGGAGGAGCAGCGUCUACCGAUCGCGACCAUCGUCAAAUGGCCCCAUGAGCCAUCAGAGCUUCUUCCAACAAGCACCACAGGCCGCCGGCGUACCACGCGACCCGCGCCCCCUGCGCGAUCGGUCCUACCAGGCCCGCAUCGGCCAGGAAAUACUCGAUUACCUCGCCCAGCACAACUUCGAGAUGGAGAUGAAGCACAACUUGUCCCAGAACAUCAUCAAGUCCCCCACACAAAAAGAUUUCAACUACAUGUUCCAGUGGCUGUACCAUCGCAUCGAUCCGAGCUAUCGCUUCCAGAAGAACAUCGACCAAGAAGUGCCCCCCAUCCUCAAACAGCUGCGCUACCCCUUCGAGAGGAGCAUCACAAAGUCCCAGAUUGCCGCUGUAGGUGGCCAGAACUGGAGCACCUUCCUCGGCCUGCUACAUUGGAUGAUGCAACUGGCUCAGAUGCUCGAGGGAUACUCCCAUCACCGCUACGAUGACGCCUGCAUAGAGGCUGGCAUCGACGUGUCUGGAGAUCACAUUAUCUUUGACUUUUUGAGCACCGCCUAUAGGGACUGGCUGGACAUGGGCGACGAUGCUGGCGAUGAAGAUGCCGAAAGAGCAUUGGCACCUCACAUUGAAGCCAUGGCUAAAGCCUUUGACAGGUCAAACUCCAAGUAUCAAUCCGAGCUUGACAUGCUUGAGGCGGAACACGCCAGGCUACAGCAGGAAAUCGAAGACUUGGAGAAGUCCACCCCUGAUCCUCGAGUUCUCGACGACCAUUUCAAGAUCAUGGAGGAAGACAAGGUGAAAUUCGAGGAGUACAACGCCCUUGCCCAGCAGAGGUCAGAAAAGUACGAGAGCCGGAUCGCCGUCUUGCAGGAGGAAUACGACAAGUUGAUGGAAGAGCUAAAGGAAGUAGACGACGAACGUCGCGGCCUGCAGAAAGAAGUCGACAGCCAAGGAAUAAGCAUGUCGGAUAUCGACCGCAUGACCUCGGAGCGCGAGCGACUGCAGCGCGGUAUCGAAUCAGCAGCUGUGCGCCUCGAGGAGGUUAAGAAAAAGGUUGCUGAAAAGGAGAUAGAGGCUAGUCGAAGACUCGACGAGCUCGAGCGCCUGGUCGACGGAUACAACACUAUGGCGUACCAGAAUCUGCUUAUCCCCGCCAGCGCAGAAAACGCCAAGGGCGAGCAGUACGAGCUCGCCGUCACCGUAAACGAGUCAGAUUUCACCGGCUCGGUCAUGAAGGGAGGUUCUUAUGGAUCUACGGGCACUGGCACUGAGCGCCUCCUGGCUGACUCCGUAACGGGCUACCAGCCAGCCCAUAUCUUGAACCUCGAUCUGCGCGGAACGGUUAAGACCAAUUUCGCGCAGCUACGAAAGGAAGUGAGCGAGCGACGCGGGUUGGCCAUGGACGCCAUGAUCAAGGACCACGAACUCCUCGAUGGUAUCAAGGAGACCAUCGAGGACAAGAAGAAUGAGGUCGAGGCACUGCGCCACCGCGUUCGCGCCGCCGAGGAGGAGUACGAGAAGACCAAGGAGGUCACCACCACGCAGAAACUGGCGAGCGAUGCCCAGAUCGAGAAGAUGGAGAAAGAGCUCGCCAAAAUGCGCACGCAGUUGACUGAAAGUCUGCAGUUUCUGGAGCAGAGGGAAAUGAACACCAACAUUGAAUAUGAGCAGCUCACUCUCAAGGCGAAUGCUCUGCGCGAGGAACUUCACACUGAGAUCGAGCGCAUGUUGAAUGAUAUCAUCAAAUUCAAGGUGCACGUCCAGAAGAACCUCGAGGACUACGAGAGCUUUGUUGCAGAUGAGCUCGAGAAGGAAUUGGUGCCUGAGGAGAUGCAGGUGGAUGAAGAAGAAGAUGCCUGA